UGCGUUCAUCUUCUGGUUUCCCUUUUGCAGAACGCAUAUGACACCCUUUUCUUCAUUGUGGACCUGCAUGCGAUCACCUUGCCUUAUGAUACACAACAGCUAUCCAAAGCAACAAAAGAAACAGCAGCAAUUUACUUGGCAUGUGGAGUGGAUCCCUCCAAGGCUUCAGUGUUUGUGCAGUCUCAUGUCCGUGCUCAUGUAGAAUUGAUGUGGCUGCUCAGUUCUACAACCCCAAUUGGUUGGCUGAAUAGAAUGAUCCAAUUCAAGGAGAAAUCAUUGAAAGCGGGAGAUGAAAAUGUUGGGGUUGCUCUGCUGACAUAUCCUGUCCUAAUGGCGUCUGAUAUUUUGCUAUACCAGUCUGAUUAUGUCCCUGUUGGGGAUGAUCAGAAACAACAUCUGGAGUUAACUCGAGAACUUGCUCAGCGUGUUAACUAUCUUUAUGGAGGAAGGAAGUGGAAGAAAUUGGAGGGUAAGGGACAAGUUUUGCGAGGUGGUGCAAUUUUUAAGGUUCCGGAACCCCUUAUUCCACCUGCUGGAGCUCGAGUCAUGUCCCUAACUGAUGGUCUUUCAAAGAUGUCCAAAUCGGCGCCUUCUGAUCAGUCUCGAAUCAAUUUGCUUGACCCUAAAGAUGUUGUCAAUAAUAAAAUUAAGCGUUGCAAGACUGACUCAUUUCCUGGCCUGGAAUUUGAUAACUCUGAAAGACCUGAAUGUAACAAUCUUCUCUCAAUUUAUCAGCUCGUCACGGGGAAGACAAAGCAGGAAGUGGCUGAAGAAUGUCGAGAUAUGAACUGGGGGACGUUCAAACCCGUCCUUACAGAUGCUUUGAUCGCUCACUUGCAUCCCAUCCAGGUUCGAUAUGGGGAAAUCAUGUCUGAUGCAAGUUACCUAGAUUCAGUGUUGGCUGAAGGUGCUAGAAAAGCUGCAGACAUUGCAGAUAAUACCCUCAAAAAUGUGUACCAAGCUAUGGGAUUCUUGCGGUGAUAAAUAUAACCCAUGCUGCUUCUGGAACUUGCUGAAAGGGUCAGCUCGAUAGCAACCUAAAAGCUCACUCAUCAAAAGUUCAAAUUCCAUAUUCUCCAACAUGCAUUAUCAUGAGCUCGUUACUGUUGAGGGGAGAAAUAAUUUAUCCAAAAAGGCAAGCAUUAAAGCUUUUACGCUAUCCUCACGCCUCCCUUUUAAGGGCGUGAAUAGAUGGAUUUUGAACAGUUGAUAAUUCCCUUAAUUCCCUAUUCUUUGAAAUCUAUACCGUGAUUUCUGAUAGGAGUUUGCCUUUAUUGGUAUAUACAAAACGUACACCUCUUGAUCAUCCUAUAAAUCAAUGUAAAUUGUAGCUGCAAUUCCAGAUGCAGUAUGUUAUGCCAAUUGAUGGUCAGUUUAAGGAUUUAAAACACCUUUGCUCCGUUCCACU